GUAGCGAGUUUGAAAAGGAGGAACGAUGUUGCGCAGUAUACGAACUUGCAUGCCGUCCGUGGUGAGACGCAUCUCGUUGUUCCGUCAGAAUAACAAGCGAUACGAAAUAAAUAACAAUAAUGACUUCGUGAACAAAGUGAUGAACGGCAGGGUGCCGGUUAUAGUCAAUUUCCACGCGGACUGGUGCGAUCCGUGUAAGAUACUGACACCAAAGCUAAUAGAGCUGAUAGAACCGAUGGACAAAGUAGAUCUAGCUAUAAUCGACGUGGAGGAGAAUCCGGAAUUGGUGCACGCCUUCGAGGUGAAAGCUGUGCCCGCAGUGAUAGCGAUCUCGAACGGCUUGGUCGUGGACAAGUUCAUUGGUCUAGUCAAUAACGAGAUGAUCGAGAGCUUAAUACAAAAGCUGACGCACGAAGGACCAAUAAGUACAGAAAGUAAGAACACCGAGUCGUAGUCGUAAACUGCUAAUUACCAAAUAUAUCGUAUUCGAUACACCUUUACGCUUCCAUUUUCUCUACUCUCGACUAACGUGCGCUUCAAUACUCGUAGAGAAAAUGUUAAUCACUUCAAAGUUACUUCGUCCGAGACUCAAGGCCUUUUUUUAUCUAAUCGUGCUGAGAUAAGCAUUGUAGAGCUGUAGAACUUAGACUCGUAUUUAUGUUAGAAAGCGGCAUGUAUAGCGCGAUAUAACUCGAGAUAUCGUUCUGCGAAGUACGUACGUACUAAUACUCGUAAAUCCGACUCGACUUUGGGUCAUAUUGCAUUGAGAUACUUUGUACUUAGAAAUUAUUAAUGCAGAGCUUAUCCAGCAGCCUACAUUCUCGACCAAGAACGUGCUAGAAAAUAGCGAGUUUAUCUUAAGAUGUCUUUAAAAGAUGUAACGAAAUUCUAUUGUAGAAAUUAUAAAUGUAUUCUAGAGAGAGAGAGAGAGAGAGAAAUAUUAUUAUAUAGUAACACCGUUAUACGGGAAUUGUAAGCUACAAACUAAUUGUGAUACACAUCUUUUUAGACAUGAAUUUUUUCAAUAUUCUCGAGAAUGACUUUAUCUUUACUUGAAAUUAACAUAUAUAUAUAUUAUAUGUGUAAGAAAAGACUAUAUCUUACUAAUCAGUCCGAUAACGAAUUAUUAUGUGCAAUGAUAAUAAAUUUUUUAGAUAAUUCGAA